GGGGAGCAGCAGCAUGGCGGCCUGGGGCAGCAAGCAGGCAGCAGGAGGCGGCCGCGGAGCCAGUGAUGGUGGCCAUCAUCCUGAGGUAAGUCCACACAAAAGAGCACUUCACAGCCGUUCAGCUGCAGCUCAUCUCUCCUCCUUGCCCCCGGCCUUGUCCAUCUUGUCCCCCAGACAAAGGAUUUCACAACCCUUGCCCAGGACUCGUCCAUCAAAGUUCUCCAGAGAAAGGAUUCCACAACCUUUGCUCAGGACUUGCCUGGACUCAUUCAUCUGUGUCCCCAGCAAGCUUUGAGACCAUGAUGUAAAAGAAUCAUCUCUUACUCUCUCAGGCGAGUUGCUAUCUCACACUGCCUGGAGUUACUGAUGACAGAGUUGCUCUUUCAGCUCCCCAGUCCCAGCUGUCAGCCCUUCUGGCAGCUGUAGGAGUCGCAUAGCAAUGUCCUUAGCUAUGGGACAGAGCAGGACCCAAGCAGGAGCCAGGAUUUCACCUAUGACUUCACACUGACCAGUGCUAAAUCCUCUGCUGCGUAGUUUUCAUGUUCCCACACACACUUUUUGAAGAUCUGUUGUCAAUCUGUGCCUUCUGAUUUGCUAAGCUUUGCUAAGCUUGCUUGAGGUUUUGCAAAUCAGUUCAGUUCUGGAGACCUCGCUCUGGAUGUUCACAUCUCUGGAGUCGAAGAGAUGACUGGCAGUGUUCAGAGGCAGUCCCUAUUUCAUGCAAUGUGCUUUAAAUUCCUUUCUGCAUCUCCAAGGAGAUAUGGGGCUUUUGAGGUUGACAGGACAUUUCCCAGGGCUCAAAGGAGAACACAGAAAAAAAAGACUUCUGAUGGUGUAAACAGCAGCACUGUGUGAUCUUCACUGGGCCACAGGGUGAGGAAAAGCAAUUUAGGACAUAUUGAUCACUAGGCCAAUUUCAGAGACUACCUCCAGGGACCUGACCUACUUUGAACCUACAUUGGCCAGUGAUGCAUUGCUUCCAAAAGUGUCUGUGUGUCCUGCAGCAUGUGAGCCAUUUGGGGAUACCGAAUUGAAGAGAGAACCACAUACUUCUCUUGUCUCUCCCCUGCUUUCUCCCAUUUGCUUAGUAUUAAAGUAGGCUUUCAUCUACAUUUUGAGUUUGGAGUGUUGAAGUGGCUUCAUUGCAAAAGGGAAUGCUUGAGGAGAGCUUGAGGUUUUUCCUCUGAUAUCCUGAUAGCUGUGAAAAGCUCCAAGAAGUCACUGUCUCCGCUGAUCGGAUGGAAGAAUAAGGAGAAAAAGCUUAAAUUAAACGCUCUGCUAAUACUCAUAAACUUUAAGGGCUUUGUAUCCAAAGCUAGUAAGAAUCUGAUUUGCUUUGGCAGUCUGAGCCUCGUGUAGUGCUCCCACAAAUGUGCAUAAUGUAGAAACAGCGAAGCAAAACAGAACACCUCACGUUUAACUCUGAUUGGGAACUGGGGAGAAUAAAAGCUGGGAAAAAGACAUCAGCCAUCCUCUUCCCACCUCACUGUCCCAGAUCUGCAGAGUUUAAACACCAAAUUAGUCUUGAAUCCUGUGUGAACUGAAACAUCUGCCUCAGAGCUUUCUGUGGGUCUGUGGGAAGCUGCUGGUCAAGGAAGAAGCUCUGCAGACACAGACUGGGAACACAGGCAAUGGGCAAGCGCAGAAGUGGAGCUUACACGGGAUUUUUUGGUCAGUGUAAAAGCCUGAGACAGCUCAGUACCAACCAGAGCUCCUGGGGCACAGAGAAAGGGAGCAGAGAGCAGAGCGCAGUGCUGGUGGUGGGGAGGGCAGCCGCCGUCCUCCUCGCCCUGCUCAGUGCAUCAGCCACCACCUGUAGCACCCAGGAUUCCUGUCCAGAGCUGAAAAUAGUGGGACUUGGAGAGGCAGACCGACUUGCUGUUCUUCAAGGGUGCCCAGGGAUCUCAGGUGCAGCUGGCCGAAAGGGAGAACCAGGCCUUUCAGGUACAAAAGGAGAAAUGGGAAUCAAGGGAUCCCCUGGGAAAGCAGGACCGCCCGGUGCAAAAGGAGCAGCUGGAGACCCUGUAUUGCCUGGACCAAAAGGUAAACAAUGCAGAGCUGAAUUUAUGAUGUGUGUUCAGUUCAGCUUCCACUCUGAGUCACUCUGGAAAAACACACCAGGUGGGAGCAGCUAUAGAAAAAUAAAGGCACCCUGAAGGGCAGUGGGUAGGGCCGUCUGACAACAGCCACCCCGCACUGCAGGGCCUGGGCUGCAGGGGCUCACUGCAGGGUCUUGCUGCUGCCCCAGGCAUUGUGAGCAGCCCUUCUCCAAACCUGUCACCAACAAGAGCUUCCCACAGCAUGGGAGCAUGGUCACUAGUUUGCUCCAUGUCACAGCUGCUCCCAGAACACCUCUUAAAGCCCUUCCCAGCAGUAGCUGUUCCCCUCUUGGAGCUUUUGAUCCUGCUUCCCUCUCUAGGUGUUUCCAACUCCUUCCCACUCCCACCUAUUCCUGUUCCAUGUGUCCCAUCACAGUGGGAGUGUGUGGCACAAAGUGUUGCACCCCGCUCAGUGGGCAGGCAGAGCAUACAGGUCCAAUAGAGACGUGUUAUGUCAGCCUUGCCUUAUGGACAUCCUGACCCCUUACCAGCUGGUGGAGGAAAAAAUCUCAUUAGGGGUCCAACAGCCCCAGGCUCCAUGUCCCAGGUCCAACUGGUAGUGAGGCUGAGGGUUCACUCCCAGUAGGCAUACAUAUACUUAAAAUAAAUAUAGAUAAUUUGCAAGGGCUGCUCUGAAAGUACUGCCUCCUGUUUUAUGAUGCUGGCCCACAACACCAGAAACAGACAUUGGUGGGAUGGCAGCAGAGGCCAAACCUUCCCAUCAACAUCCCGUUGUGUUGUUGCUGUGUGACAGAAUGGUGCAUGACAUGGGAGUGUGUAUGGAGCAGAGGGGUGUCAUUAAAUUCUUCUAUGCAGAAGAAGUAUCAGUGGGUGCCAUUCGUUGAUGCUGGUGAACACUGAUGGAGACCAAAGAGGGGAUGUGAGCACAGGGAGGGGUGGGUGCUGUGUUUCAGCAGUGGCAGUGGCUACAGUGGGUCACCUCUGCCAGUGCAAGUUUAUACAAACACAGCAUGCAGGUUCUUGUUCAUCACUGGUGAAAAAGCAGAGCUAAUGGUGACUAUGCUGAAAAUCUGUCUUUUGUAGCUGAUAAUUUGUUCUAUCAAACAGUGUUACUAUGCUCACUGUAUCUGUUGUAGAUUCCAGGGAAAUAAAUAGGAGGCAUUACUUUUGGAGGAACUUACACAGAUGUAGUGCAUGCAUAUACAAACAGACACAAAUACACAUCCAUACAUGUCCAUCUUCACAGACACUGAGCACUCAGAUCAGCACAGGAAGCACCAACAGCUGAGCAGGACAUACACAGAAUGUUUCCGUUCACGUUUACUGACUCACACUGCCCUGUGCUCUGGGUUUAUGAGCUUUGUCUGCUGCUGGUCCUGACCUCAGAAAGUGCAGAGAAUGCAAGCGGUGCAAGAAAGUGGACACCUGUGUGACUGCAGGCAGAAUCUGGCCCAUGUGCUGCACAGCCAUAGGUGGGUUCUCUCUGUGUUAGCAGUCCUAGCAGAACUCAGGAUACCGCUCCUUUUCUGGGUGACCAAGGAGACUGUGCAGGCAACCAAGAGAAUGGGAUUCAAACAAACUGCCUUACAUCCAACCAGGCCCCUGCUGCCCUGCAGUUGGUGCUCAGGAACACGAGGUUCCCUUCUGCACUACUGCAGUAACUGAGUGUGUUCUCCCUGCAGGAGACUCCUUAUAUAGCAUGAGGCCAUGUCAUUUUCAACAGCAGAUCAGGGCAAUGACAUGAGAUCCUUCAACUGUGCCACAGUCUCCAAGGAGGGUGGGGGUGCAACGACUGCCACACAUGCCUCUAACCUCAGCAGCACG